GAAAGAGAGUGAGACUUCAGAGCAGUGACGUCCUGCCUGUAUCCAGAUGUUUCAUGUUUUCGCCUCGCGCGCUCUCUGGAGAGAUCACUGAGAAGCGCUGGGAAGGGCUUAUAUGACCCUAAUGCAUCAGAUCGGAUAAAAAGGACAAUGAGCAACAGAACCGUCGCAUAAAGUGUUCGGAUUGUGCUCCAUGUUGUUGUGAAGAAUGGAAAGCAGCAAACCGAGGACGGUGCUGCUGCUGCUGCUCCACUUCCUGUGGUUUUCUGCGAUGUCUUUGCAAGGACAGUCUGCGCCCAGUCUGGAGAAUGCAAUUGACCUUCUAGGAGCUCUAAACUUAUCUCAGCAUAGAGGUGGUGUUUCCAGACUGCAGAGUCAAAGCGGCCCGAUGUAUAAGAUCCGUUCAAAAGCAGCCCCCCUGAUCCUUCCUGAGGAAUACUCCAGCUUCCUGCACUCCAACUUUCAAGGCAGCAUCGCUGUGCAUUUGGUUUUACGUCAGGCAUCAGGAUCCAGUGCUACCCUCUUUUCUCUCUCCACAGCAUCCGCUCCCAUCCUCCAAAUCAUCUCCUCCACCAUCAAUAACUCUCUGCAUUUGGACUACUACUCUGCUGGAGUGUUACUUUCCAGCUUUCCUUUUCCGAGGACAAGUCCUGCCUCUGGGGGUAAAUGGGUAAAGCUGGCUGUGAGCCUGGAACCGGAGAGAUUGGUGUUUUAUGCCAAUUGUCAAGAAGCUGUUGUUAUAGGAAUGAAAAGUGGAGAAAGGGUCAGGUUGGACGUUCCACAUGAUGUUGUAAUUGCUGUUGGGAGCACACCAGGAAAACAAGAUGGCAAAUUUAAUGGAUAUCUGAAAAUAGCCGAAUUAUCACUGAAACCGUAUGUGAGCCGUCCGUGGAGCUGUGACAACAUUACAGAUGACCUGCCUCAGUCUCAUAACAAAGACACACAUGGUCCAAAUUUCCCUGCUGAAACCAACCAUAUGUUCCACCAUGAUACCUCACCCAGUAAACAUCAAACAGACCACAGGCCACAGGAGCAAACAGACUAUAAUACCAGGGACAUCCAGGGAGAUCAGCAGCACAGGCCUGCAGUGCUGGGGCCUCCAGCCUCUCCUCAUGGAGCCUACCAGGAACUGACAGUUGACAGGCUGGAGAGGCUGGUGAGCACAGUGGAAGAGAUGGCUCGUAUGCUGGACAUGGUCAAAGCUCAGAAUGUGGAUCUACUAUCCCGCGUGACAUACCUGGAAGGAUGUGAGUGUGUGAAGCAUCGAUGCGUAUGGGAGGGACAUGAAAUGGAAGAGGGACAACGAUGGCAGAGUGACCCCACGACUAUGUGUUUGUGUUCAUCUGGAAAGGUCACUUGCAAAACCGAGAACAAAAAUACAGGGUGUCAUCCAGAUUGUAGAGUUCACAACGUAUCCUAUAACAUUCUUGAUGGCUGCCAGACAUGCUCGUGUAAGGGUGGUAACAGGGACUGUUCACCUCAGCCAUGCCCCCCAGAUGACUGCACAGUGUCACCAACUGCAGACUGCAAACAAGGUUGUACCCAUUUUGGUGUCAGGUAUGACAAUGGAGCUGAGUGGAGGUCAGCAGAGAAUGCCUGUGAAGUGUGCACUUGCUUGGAUGGUCAGGUUAGCUGUGCGAUGCAGCAGUGCCAUAUCCCUUGUGAAAAUCCUGCACCUCCUCCCCCUGAUAGCUGCUGUCCAGUUUGUCACGACUGCAAUGUAAAUGGACAUUACUACCCUAAUGGAGCUGUGAUUCCCAGAGACCCCUGUCAGGAAUGUAGAUGUGCGGAUGGAAAUAUGGUGUGUUCAAUGAUUCAAUGCCCUCAUUUGACUUGUCACAACCCUGUACAUCAUGCCGGUGACUGUUGCCCUCGAUGUGACACGUGUGAAUAUGAGUCAGUGGUCUAUGUGAAAGGCCAGACGUUCACCUCCUCGGUUGACCCCUGCCUUCACUGCCGCUGCUCUGAUGGUGAGGUGUCCUGUGAACGAAGGGGGGGCUCUUGUCCUGCACCAGACUGCAGUCAUCCAGCAAAGAGGACUGGACAAUGUUGUUCUGAGUGCAAAGAUUGUGAGUUUGAUGGGAACGUGUAUGCUAAUGGAGAAGAGUUUUCCCCCGCUGGGAGAGGACCCUGCCUGCAGUGCAGGUGUAAGGAGGGGAAUGUGGCUUGCUCUGAUGUAAGAUGCCCCCCUAUCCGAUGUACCAAUCCCAUCAGAAAUCCUCGUCAAUGUUGUCCAGUCUGCAAAACAUGUGUGCAUGAGGGGAUAGAAUAUGAAGAAGGCUCCAGUUGGCAAGUAGACAGUACUUGUUCCAGCUGCACCUGUGUAAAUGGGGAGAGCUUAUGUACAAACACCCAAUGUCAACCGGAAUGUGAGCAACCCAGCAACAAUAAAGGUUCCUGUUGUGGAAAUUGUGAUAGCUGUACUUACAACCAUCAAGUUUACAGCAACGGGCAGAGAUUUACGCCCCCCGACCAGCCUUGCAACACAUGCACCUGUUUGCAUGGCAGUGUUCACUGUGAGAGACAACCCUGUCCUCUACUAAACUGCAUCAAUCCCUACACCCCUCCUGGAGAAUGCUGUCCUAAAUGUCCAGACUGCUUUGUUGAAAACCGCAUCUAUGUGAAUGGGGAGUCUUUUCCUAACCCCGCGAAUGAGUGUGAGGAGUGUACAUGUGUUAAUGGAAGGAGUGCUUGUCAUCAAACACGCUGCCACGAACCUCGAUGUAAUAACCCUGUGCCUGGACCGUGCUGUCGGAAUAACUGCAAUGGCUGCAGCUAUUCUGGAGAAGAGUAUCCCAAUGGACACAACUUUCCUCAUCCAACAGACAAAUGCAGGACAUGCACAUGCACAAAUGGGAAUGUCCAAUGUCUAAUGAGGAGAUGUCCACCACUGCAAUGCUCUGCUCCUUCUAUGGUCCGUGGAGAAUGCUGCCCCCAGUGUCCAGAUUCUCCAUCAGACUGCGUGUUCGAGCGAAGGUCUUACAAACACACAGAGAGUUUCUCCCACCCGACAGACAGCUGCCAAACAUGCAACUGCAACAAUGGGACCGUUCGAUGUCAGCACAGGCCCUGUCCUUUUGAGCCAUGCUCUCACCCCAUCACACGUGACUGCUGCCGGACCUGUGAACGCUGCUUGUACCAGGAUCGAGAAAGAGCCAAUGGAGAGACAUGGAACGAUCCCUCAGACCCGUGUACGGUCUGUGUUUGUCAACAUGGUUCUGUGCGUUGUGAGAGGAAACGCUGUCCAGAUUCUAACUGCAACCAUCCAGUUAGGGAGGACUGCUGCAUGUCCUGUCAUGGAUGUACACAUAAUGGUAGAGAAUAUCCUGAUGGCUCAGAGUUUCCAAAUGACAGUGACCCAUGUAGUGUGUGUCACUGUCAUGGAGGAGAUAUCACCUGCGCAAAGUUAAUUUGUAAUGAAGAUUGCAGCCACCCUUACAAAUCAGCUGGACAAUGCUGUGGAGAAUGUGACCGGUGCCUCUAUAAUGGUGCAGUCCUUCUAAAUGGACAGUCCAUUCCUGACCCAGGAAACGCUUGUUCUCGAUGCACAUGUCAGAGAGGUGACGUGUCGUGCACGGCCAUACAAUGCCGUUCUCCACCAUGUGCGCACCCAGCUCUGGAUGCCUGUGGAUGUGGAGUCUGUGAUGGAUGUAACUACAGAGGGCAGAGCUAUUACAGUGGAGAGCAAUUCACACAUCCUGAAGACCGCUGUCAGAGCUGCUUCUGUCAGAACGGUGAUGUAGUGUGUGCCAAAGCCCUGUGUGGACCCGUUAAUUGCCAGUACCCAGUGACUCCUCCAGGGGAGUGCUGUCCUGUAUGCCCUGAGACGUGUUUCUAUGAAGGUGAAGAGUAUCAGUCAGGCUCUACCUUUACACCACCCUCUGAUCCCUGCUCUACAUGUUACUGUCUGAAUGAGAUGGUGACCUGUGAGAGGAGGUCUUGUCGAGUUCAGUGUUUGCAUCCUGUUCCAUCUGGUACUUGUUGUCCUGAAUGUGAUUCCUGCCUCUAUGAAGGUGUCGUGCACUCUAAUGGUCACACAUUCACAUCCUUAUCCAAUCCCUGUGAGCGCUGCACUUGUUUUAGAGGAACAGUUUCCUGUGGUCCUCUCAACUGUCCAUUGACGCGAUGUGAACGCCCUGUUCUAGAGCCAGGAGAGUGCUGUCCCCAUUGCACAGAGUGUGUGGUGAAUGGAUUCACCUAUUAUGAAGGACAAUCAUGGACCUUGGGUUCAGAUCCCUGCUCAACUUGUACCUGCCAGAAAGGUAAGGUGGAUUGUGUACCUCAGGAGUGUCCCAGCUUGUCCUGCCCUCAUACGGUGACUGAUCCAGGUUCCUGCUGUCCCCGCUGUAGAGGUUGCGUGUAUGAAGGACAGGAUCAUGAAGACAGCAGCAACUGGUUAGCAAAUUCUACCCCCUGUACAACUUGUAUGUGUGUAAAUGGAGUGACCACCUGCUCUGAAGUAAGCUGUGUAUCUCCUUGUGCCAACUUAAUCACAAUGCCUGGGGAGUGCUGCCCAGUGUGCGCCGAUUGCGUAUUUGAGGGCAGAGAGUAUGCUCCAGGGGAGAGUUUCCAUCCUGCCAAUGAUCCCUGUCAGGUCUGCUCAUGUGAGGUGAUGCCAGAUGGAGAGCACCAUCUGAAGUGUUAUAGAGAGCAAUGCCCCUGUUUGGUGGACUGUCCCAAAGGUCACAUCUUACAUCCUGGACCAGAUUCCUGUUGUCCUGUCUGUGCACAACCACUCACUAACUGUACAAGCACAGAGAUUGGCAACGAGCUGUUGGCAGCAAAUGACCCCUGCUUCACCUGUCAAUGCAAGGAACUGACUUGGACCUGCCUGCAUCAGACCUGUCCAGUGCUCAACUGCCCUUAUGAUGAUCGCUUCACUCCCCCAGAUUCCUGCUGUCCUGUGUGCAAAGAUUCAAGGGAGUCUUGUUUGUACCAAGGAACUAUGUAUAAAUCCGAUGAACAAUGGGAGGUGGAUGAAUGUACCAGCUGUACAUGUGUGUCGGGAGACGUCCACUGUCGGAGUCAACGCUGCCCUGCUUUCAGCUGUGCACCAGAUGAGAUGCCAGCAGUCGUUCCAGGUUCAUGCUGUCCACGUUGCCUUUCUCGUCCAGCAACCUGCAUAGCUUUCGGUGACCCUCACUACCGCACCUUUGAUGGACGAAUGUUUCAUUUCCAGGGGACGUGCACGUAUAUCUUAGCAAAAGACUGUAAAAGUGAAGACUUUAGUGUUCUUGUUACAAAUGAUGAUCGUGGGCGUAAAGGAGUGUCCUGGACCAAGGAGGUGACGGUCUUUAUAAGCCAUGUCACUGUACAGCUGCUCCAGGAAUUUGUUGUGAAGGUGAAUGAGGAGGUGGUGUCAUUGCCUUUUCUUAUGGAGCCAUAUCUCUAUAUAGAGCAGCAAGCCAACACUGUCCUACUCAACACUAAUAUUGGAUUAAAGGUGCAGUGGAGUCCCCGUUCACACCUUGAAGUCAGCGUGCCAGGCUCCUAUGAGGGUCACACCUGUGGUCUUUGUGGAAACUUCAACAAGUAUCCGCAGGAUGACUUUAAAAUGUCCACCGGCCAAAUCUCCACAUCAGAGUCGGAGUUUGGCAACAGCUGGAGGAUGACAAGUGGAAACCUUUCAGUCUCCUUGUGUCGUCCCGGAGAAGACAUUAAUCCCUGCAAAAGUGCAGGAUUCCAGGCCAGGAAAGGAGCCAACACCCGCUGUAAGGUUCUCAAGUCUGCACUCUUCAAGCCCUGUCACAGUGUUGUUCCACCUGAACCAUGGUAUGGAGCCUGCGUCUAUGACCAAUGUGCUUGCGGGGCAAACACAGAUGAGUGUCUGUGUGACACACUGGAGGCCUACGCCAGCCAGUGCAGAGAAGCAGGAGUCAUCCUGCAGUGGAGGAGCGCAUCACUGUGUGCUGUGGGCUGUCCUGUAGAGAGGGGCUUUGUGUUUGAUGAGUGUGGCCCUCCGUGUCCUGUAACGUGCUUUAAUGUGGACGUACCACUGGGGGUGAUAGAGAGCCACUGUUUCAAGCCCUGCAUCCCCGGCUGCCAGUGUCCUGCUGGUCUGGUUCUCCACAACAACUACUGCAUUCAGCCAGAGAAGUGUCCCAAGAUCAUUCAUGGCAGCCCCCAGUGAUGCUCCAACCGCUCAGCUACUGAUGAGCGCCUGAUGAUUUGCACAAAGGCACGCUCAGCUGCUUCUCUGUUCAACCUCAGAAUAUACACAAAAGAUAAGGGUGCUUUAUUCAACAGAUGUUAACAUAAUGACUAAAGAAAAAUAUGUUUUUACAAGCACUGAGUAUUUAAACCACACAUACCUUUCAAAUGUAUUGUUACACAUUUAUAAGAUAUUUUCUAUAAAUAUGCAAAAGUAUAUUUAGUUAAAAAUGUGCAAUGUCUGACUGUAUGUAGAAUAAUCUCAGGUUCAUUUCAUUUUAUAAUUCUGAAAUAAACUAAAUCACGACAAAUGUUUUAGUUUUCCUGUUGAUUUAUGCGUAUAUUGCUUUCCAGGGAUCAAUGCAUUCCUGAUAUUCUGCUUCCUAAAUGUUAUUGAGAAAAGAUCCCUUUCAGACACUAGGAAGGAAAUUUGAC